AUUAUUGAAGACAAAGGUUUUUCUGUUUUUUUAAUGGCUCUACAGAAUUUUAAAUCAAAUACAAUUUGACAUGACGGCAAAAAAUGUUGGUUUGACUUCCACAAAUGCAGAACUAAGAGGAUUUAUAGAUCAGAAUCUCAGUCCAACAAAAGGUAACAUUUCAUUUGUUGCGUUUCCAGUUUCCAGCACCAACUCACCAACAAAGAUUUUACCAAAAACCUUAGGACCAAUAAAUGUGAAUGUUGGACCCCAAAUGAUUAUAAGCACACCACAGAGACUAACCAGUUCAGGAAGUGUUCUGAUUGGGAGUCCAUAUACCCCUGCACCAGCAAUGGUUACUCAGACACACAUAGCAGAAGCUACUGGCUGGGUCCCAGGUGAUAGAAAACGAGCUAGAGAAUUUAUAGAUUCUGAUUUUUCAGAAAGUAAACGAAGCAAAAAAGGAGAUAAAAAUGGAAAAGGCUUGAGACAUUUUUCCAUGAAAGUGUGUGAGAAAGUUCAGCGGAAGGGUACAACAUCAUAUAAUGAAGUGGCUGAUGAGCUGGUAUCAGAGUUCACCAAUUCAAAUAACCAUUUGGCAGCUGAUUCGCAGGCCUAUGACCAGAAGAAUAUUAGGAGAAGAGUUUAUGAUGCUUUAAAUGUGCUAAUGGCAAUGAACAUAAUUUCAAAGGAAAAAAAAGAAAUAAAGUGGAUUGGCCUGCCUACAAAUUCUGCUCAGGAAUGUCAAAAUCUUGAGAUCGAGAAGCAGAGGCGGAUAGAACGGAUAAAGCAGAAGCGGGCCCAGCUGCAAGAACUUCUCCUUCAGCAAAUUGCUUUCAAAAACCUGGUUCAGAGAAAUCGGCAAAACGAACAGCAGAACCAGGGCCCUCCAGCUCUGAACUCCACCAUUCAGCUGCCGUUUAUAAUCAUCAACACAAGCAGGAAAACAGUCAUAGAUUGCAGCAUCUCCAGCGACAAAUUUGAAUAUCUUUUUAAUUUUGACAACACCUUUGAGAUCCAUGAUGACAUAGAAGUACUGAAGCGGAUGGGAAUGUCCUUUGGGCUGGAGUCAGGCAAAUGCUCUCUGGAGGAUCUGAAACUUGCUAAAUCACUGGUACCGAAGGCGUUAGAAGGUUAUAUCACAGAUAUCUCCACAGGACCUUCUUGGUUAAAUCAGGGACUACUUUUGAACUCUACCCAAUCAGUUUCAAAUUUAGACCUGACCACUGGUGCCACCUUGUCCCAAUCAAGCAUAAACCAAGGGUUGUGCUUGGAUGCUGAAGUGGCCUUAGCAACCGGGCAGCUCCUUGCCCCAAACAGCCACCAGUCCAGCAGUGCGGCCUCUCACUGCUCCGAGUCCCGAGGCGAGACCCCCUGUUCCUUCAACGACGAAGACGAGGAAGAUGACGAGGAGGAUUCCUCCUCCCCAGAAUAAAGCCAGGAGAAAACCCA